AUGUUUGCUGCAAGAUUUGACCCAACAAAGGUUGUUCGGGAAGAACCCAAGAUUAUACCGCAGAAAAGAGCAAUUCCCGAUGACGUUGAAAGUAGUGAUUCUGAUCAGGAUAUAGAGGAUGGUGUUGAGGUUGGCGCUGUAUCUAAGGAGCAGUCAGGUACUGAUGUGACUACAACAAGGGCUGUUGAUGGUAAAAGUGAGAGCGACAGUGAAAGCGAAAGUGAGAGCGAAAGUGAUAGUGAUGAUGAAAUGAAUUUUGAUAUGGGAGGUAGCUCUUCAUCCUCUGAUGAUGAUGAAGUGUCCAGCAAGGAUGCAGAUGUGGAUGAUGAUGGCAAGCACACCUCGGUGUUAUCCAGGUUCAAGAAGACACUGUCCAUACAAGAUAAAAUAUCAGCACUGGAAGAGGCUAAUACACAGGAUAUACUAGAAGAUGGAGAAGCACAUGACUUAGCACAGAUUCCUCAACCUGCAGUGGUGAGAGAUAAGAAACUACAAGUAAAGGACAUAUCUGAAAUGAAAAACACAGCAUUUAGGGACACUAGGAAAGUACACUAUGAUAAUAGCAUGACUAAAUCAUUCGAAGAAUAUAGUGAUGACCUUACACCAAAACUGUUGAAUAAUAUCGAAAAGUAUUUUUCGAAAAGUACAUUUCCAAUUCAGACCGCUAUGCUAGACCAAUAUCUAAAGCUAAUAAAUUUCACACUAAAGACAUCGAAAAAGAAUUUUACUAGAAGAAUUGGUGACAUCUUAGUUAAUGCAUCAACGGGUUCUGGUAAAACAUUAGCAUACUCCAUCCCAAUAAUACAAACACUUUCCUCUAGAACAGUGAACAAACUUCGUGUUCUAAUAAUAUUACCAACAAAGCUGUUGAUCAAUCAAGUCUUUCAAACCAUGUCUCAAUUAGCAGAAGGUACAAGCUUAGUUAUUACGGUUUCCAAACUAGAAAACUCCUUCAAUGAAGAACAUAAAAGAUUGCUGAAGACAGAGCCAGAUAUUUUUAUUACUACGCCAGGUCGUCUAGUAGAUCAUUUAACAAAUAGCUCAAUUUCUCUAAGGAACUUGAAGUUCUUGGUAUUAGAUGAAGCUGAUAGAUUACUAAAUCAAUCCUUUCAGAAUUGGAUUCCUGAAGUUAUGAGUAAGUUCAAAUCAGAUAAAUUUGAUCAAAUGCCGGGUAGUAUCAUCAAAAUGGUCUUUAGUGCCACGCUGACAACAAAUACAGAAAAAUUGAAUGAUCUGCAGUUAUACAAUCCUACUCUGUUUGCUACAGAUUCAGUAAAACUCUACAAUCUUCCCCCUACUUUGCAGGAAUACCAACUACAGAUUCCAUCUGCCAAAAGCGUUUACAAGCCUUUGUAUCUGUUAAAAUUACUUGAACAAUUGAGUGGUGGAAAAACUUUGGUGUUUGUUAGAUCUAAUGAAUCCUCAUUGAAGCUAGAAGUUUUGUUAAAAUCUCUAAUUAAAGGCCAUAUGACAACACUACAAAUUGUAGUGCAUUCAAUUAAUUCCAACAAUAGUAAGGCAGAAAAUCGUCGCUUAGUCACUGAUUUCACUAAAGAGUCCUUACCAAAUCAAACAAAUGUUUUAAUUACAACAGAUCUUAUGUCUAGAGGUAUCGAUAUUGAAAACAUAGCAAACGUCAUAAACUAUGAUGUUCCAAUUUCAUCACAACAAUAUGUACAUAGAUGUGGUAGAACAGCUAGAGCAAAUAAAGAUGGUAAGGCCUACAACAUGCUGGUUGGUAAAGGUGAAGCACAAUUUUGGAAAGAUAGUAUAGACGAAGAUAUUAGCAGAGAUGUGUCUGGUUGUAAACCUAUAUCCUAUAAUGAUUCCUAUAACAAAGUGCAUGGCGAUGAAAACGCUAGGACAUCUGAGCCAACAAGAGACCUGUUUACCUCAAUUGACUCGGAAACAUCUGAUAAGUACAAUGAAAUACUUAAGAAUCUUACACAAAAGUAG